AUGGGGUGCGCGAGCUCCAAAACGACUCUGAUAUCGACGACGUCGGGAGGAUCGUCGGUUUUGAAGAAAGAAGAGGGAGAACGAGCGGAACAAAAUGUGAAUGGAAUUCAUUCGUCCGAUUCCAAUUCGACACCAACAACGUCGAAGACGACGACGAAGGUGAAACGGUCGCCCUUGAAACCACCUCGGUCACCGCGCAGCUCACCCAAAAGUGGGUCCGUUCGUAAAGGGGGAGAGGAAGAGGAGGAAUGUGUGCACGUAAAGAACGACGACGUGGAAAGGAGCGAGAGUAGCAGCAGCAGUAAGAAGAAGACGAAGACGAAGAUGAAAGCAGAGGUGGAAACGAGCAAACUGAGCUUCACGUUCAAAAGAGAAGACCACCACGAGGAGGAGGACGAAAAUGCGAAGGAGAAGGAUAACGUCAAAAACACGACGCAUUCAUCGACGAACGCGACGACGACUUUAAUAACGAGCAGCGGGUUGAAGAAACACGCGAAACAACCGAAGCUGAAAAACUUUAAAGGUUUGCAACACGCGGGCGCGAGCGUAAGCUCGGAAGCCGCCGGGACGGAAGAGGAGGACGAAGAUGGAGCCGCGGAUGAAGACGAAGCGUCGACGAUGCGCUUGUUGGAGAGCACGCAACCUGCGAGGGCGAGGAGAACGAGAGAGGAUGAAUUAAUUACCAGAUACGACGAUAACGACGACGAGGAGGAGAACGAGGAGGAGAAUAUCGAGGAGGAGAGAAGGAUAGCGUCGAGAUCUGGGUCGCUGGUUGAGAGAUUUAAUAACGCGAGUACGAUUCAGACGACGAUUCAGACGACGACGAUUGUUACGCCUUCGGAUGACAAGGCGGCUGGGUUACAAAAUUCAAAUUAUACAACAGAUAAUAAGAACGAGGAAAGUAGUAAUCCUACGACGCCUGGAUCGAAAACGCCAGACGCGGCUUUGACCGUGGAUAAACGCGUAAACUCGGUGACUUUCAAGAAACAGUUGAGAGAGAUGCUGGAGAGGAAAAGUUCGGUGAAGAUGCCGUCGAUUAUGACCAAUAGCAGCAACGAGACGAAACAUGAAAUACAUAGGAGGAAAUCGUCGUUUGAUAGUCCUGGAUCUGGCAAACCACCGACGACCCCGACGAGCGCGGAAAAGCAACAAUUUCGCAGCUACUACUCGCACACGACGUCUAUGAUUAACCGAUCGUCGGUGUCGUUCAACGACCUGAAAUUCGAGCAUUCCGAGGAUGACGUCGCGUUUCUUUUGAAAUCGUUGCGAAAAUCGGUAUUAUUUGCAGACGCGAAAGAAGACACGUUGCGAGAGUUAAUCUCGGUGAUGUGGAAAGAAACCUUCGAGGAAAAUUAUGCCGUGGUCACGCAAGGAGAGAAAGGUAAUGCGUUGUUCUUGGUCGCCGAAGGUGAAUUUGACGUUUACGAAAGAGUCACGAAAACGACGACGACAACCUUGGUCAACAAUAAGAACACCGACGACCCGGAAUCAUCGUCUCCACCAGCAGCGAAAGCGCCGUUAGCAAAGUCUCGUUUAGGAAGACGAUCGCGAAAUAGUACGAAAUCGGACGACGCCAGAGACGAGGCGCAAGAAGACGAGGAAGACGAAGCGGAGGUAAAGAAGCGCCUAUCGUUAGAACGAGAAUCGAACCAUGUGGCGACAUCUUCCGGACAAAUUAAGAACAACUUAGUAGCCGUGAGUAGCGAAACGAGCAUCAGCGAAAAGAUAGAUACUAGUAAAGACGCCGCUUCAACAACUUCGACCACGACGGUAACUGCGCAAGAAGUCGUGGAAGUGAAAGUCAACGUGAAGAAACCGGGCGAAAUUUUCGGCGAGUUGGCGUUGAUGUACGGUGCGCCAAGAAGUGCCACCGUGCGAUCAUCAGAGAGGUCCGAAACGAACGCUUGGUCAACGUGGGUGCUCCCACGUCGCGCGUUUCGAGCGGUUGCGAAAAGGGCGGCUGAAGAUUUUAGAGAAUCGAUUGCGGUGUUCAUGAGUCUCGUUCCGGUGUUUGCGCCGUUGAGCGUUGCCGAACGACUGCGAGUCGCAGACGCGAUGGAAGAAGUUGAAUUUGAACCGGACGAAGUUAUAUUACAACAAGGUGAAAACGCAGGCGACGACAGUGGAUUUUACAUCAUCGUCUCUGGAGAAGCUUUGGUGUACGUCAACGACGACGACACGCCUGUCGUUGGCGACAGCGACGAAGACGACGAUGCUAGGCUUGGCAUUUUAGUCAAUCAUUUGUUUCGAUCGAAUUUUUUCGGCGAGAAGGCGCUCCUGUUCGAAAAACCAAGAGACGCGACGGUAAAAGUAGGGCCAAACGCACCGCUUCGGUGCUUAAAGUUGAAGCGCGUCGAUUUCGUCGCGAUGAUGGGUACGUUGCAAGAUUUGUUAUCGAGACGAAAUAGCGUGACGCAAAAGCGUAACUCGAAGAAGGUAAAGAUAUCGAGUCCCCAGAGCGAAGAGAAGAAGAGAAAGAGCUUUCACUCGUACGAUACCUCUCCUGAUAGUGGGAAACUGGAAACGCUAGAAAGUGGCGACGAUGAUGCUGAAAGGAGUAGCGCAACCGCCGCCGUGGGUGAAAUCGAUGAAGGCGACGCCAGCGCGCAAGAUUCCCAGAAAAAGUCACUAGUGAAGACAUUCCAAGGUAUCCUACGCAUACGCCGCGUUGGCAUGGGAUCGCGAAAUUUGUAUUACGACGCACACAAUCCAGCCGAUGAGUCGUCUAUUUACCGGGACGUUGACGCCAUCGGUGCCUUCAACGAAUCCUUCGUCCAAAGCAUCACCUCUGGUUCGUUCAACGCGUCUUUGCAGCCGUUCAUUUUCACAGUCUCCGAGGGUACUUUAAUCGGUGGCGGUGCGGUCGGAUGCGUCAAUGAGUGCAACCACUACGACACGCAACAAAAAUACGCGAUCAAACGCGUUCGGAAAGUUGCGGUGAAAUCCUCUCCAGAGCACGUCUUGUCCGAGCGUAAAAUAGUCGCGGAAUUGAACCAUCCUUCGAUUAUUUCCUUACACGGCGCCUUUCAAUCCGAUCGACACUUAUAUUUCCUCAUUGAUUUGAUGAACGGGUUUGAUUUGAUGGACGCGCUCGUCUCGGUCGCGACGGUUCGGAAAAUGGCUCACACUACCAAACCAGACGCGCCUUUAAGGAAAGUUUUGGUUGGAUUUGACGAAGACGCCGCUCGGUAUUACGCCGCUCUCAUCGUGUGUGCGUUUGAGUAUUUACACGAAUUGGGCAUCAUCUACAGAGAUUUGAAACCAGAAAACGUCUUUUUGGAUAAAUCAGGACGAGCUAAACUAGGCGAUUUCGGCUUUGCGAAGAAUAUUGGCGAAAGUGGUCAUCAAACGUUCACGUUUUGCGGGACGCCUGGAUAUGUCGCGCCAGAGAUGGUCUUAGCGCGAGGGUAUUCCUACGGCGUCGAUUGGUGGGCCCUCGGCGUGUUGAUUUACGUCAUCAUUUCCGGGUUACAACCGUUCGGUCAAAGAGGCCAAGGAGAAAAAGGAGGCGAUAAUCAACCGCCACAAAAUAAUCCGUUGCAAGUUAUGCAACGCAUCGCCGACGCGAGUUUCCAAGUGACUUACCCGAUUUACACCUCCGAGGAAGGUUGUGAUUUAAUCGCGGGUUUGUUACAACGACGCGUGGCGAAACGAUUAGGUAACUUGAAAGGUGGCGCGCAAGCGAUUAAAAAUCACCCGUGGUUUGAAAACUUCGACUGGAAGGCGUUGGAGAGUGGAGCUUAUCCACCGCCACAGUUGCCAGAGCCGUCGAAAGCUAUACUGUCGUCGCACACGGCGCGAUUGGCGGAAAUUGAAAAGAUGGUGUUGGAGCAAGAAAUGCGCGACGACGAAAAAGGCGAGAACGAUCCAAAGUUACUCGCAGCGAGGGAGAUCUUUAAAGACUGGUAG